AUGGACGCACAAGAAAUACGUGCAGUUCAUGACAUACUGCACCUUGUCUACCACCGCAACAAGAAUCAACACCGCCACGCGAAAUGGUGGAAAUGGCUCUCGCAACUCAAACGUACCGCGUUAGAUCUGGGGUCCCGCGAGUCAACAAAAGUCGCGGUUGCUGUAUCGCCGUCCCACAGGGAAUAUCUUUCGACGCAUUUGAUUCCUAGGUGCUAUUUGGCUUUCUCUACAGUCGUUGCUGAGAAUCAAUUCAUGGCUCUGGGGAUCGUGCUCAUGGCGACCUUGUCUCGCUUUGCCAAAGCGGCGGGCAUCAAGCUCAAGGAGAAAGUAGAGAAGCGUCCAAAUCCUAAGGCGCCAGUCAAGAAAAUCUCGUCCGCUGCUCCUGCCCCCGUUGAAGAUCGCGGCGAACGCGUCAGUCGGGCUGACCUUGGUGCUGUGGCUUCGUCUGAAUUGGAGACCGAAGUAGCCAAGCCUAAGGGAAAAGCGAAAAAGUCGAGUAUGACUGUAGAUGAACCUGCUGCUGCUCCGGCUAAGAAGUUGAAGAAGACCAAGAAAAAGAAGAACGCUAUUGAUGAUUUGUUCAGUGGUUUACUGUGA